CGCGGCGGCGUGGUUGUUAUCAGACGCAGUGUUGCCGUGAUAUCGACGUGCGCGCCCACUAUCGCAUCACCAGUCCGAUAACGCACCACCAGUCCGAUAUAAACGCACAGCCCUAGGACAGCGGGACCGCGAUUAGCAAUGUCUGCACAAGAUCACAUAACAGAAGCGUUCCGCCUCUUCGACAGAGAUGGUGACGGUAUGAUACCGGCCAGUGAAGUCGGAACCGUCGUUCGAGCUCUGGGUUACAUCAUCACGGAGGCAGAGCUCAACUCGGCCAUGAAGAAAGCUGGUGUUAGCGGUCGAAGUGGUGUGAACCUGGCGACAUUCAGGAAAAUCAUCGAGCCACUGGAAACGAGCAACUACUCUAAACAGCUGAACGAGGCGUUCGCGACCAUCGAUCGCGAGGGGAGUGGUGUGGUGCGAGUCGCCGAGUUACGUCAUCUACUUACCACCCUGGGGGACAAACUCACCGACGAAGAGUUCGACAUUCUACUGCAGGAGAUGGAUCUAGACAAGGGCGGAGAAAUACGACGUACAGAUUUCAUACACUUCAUGACUUCGAGAUAACGCCAUGUCAUCGUCUUAAUGCUGACUGUAAAACGAUGAGCGAUGAUACCUGUUUGAUAACCAUCUGAAAAACUGUCAGAGACGUUAGUCAUAACCAUAUUAGUCAUUAUAACCACAUGUAUAUUAUAUAUACAGGUGUUACACUAGUAAUUUGUUUUAUUAUGUUUAUGAUUUUCAUAUAAUUGUUAUUGUAUAUUCAGAAUAAACAUGCAAAUUUACGAUAGCCAGUCAUUUGAUCAUUAAUUCUGAUAGCAUUUAGAAGAGAAAAGAAUUGUGAAAUAUGGCCUGGACAUUUUGUACUUUUAGACACCAGCAGAAUAAUAACCAUGGUAUUUAAUUUGUCAGAGUUUAAAACAUUUUACUGGGUACAAAUUACAUAGACAUGAUUACUGAACAGUAGUCUCACAUCACAGUGCUAAUAAACCUCCAUUACUGAAACCUUUCAGCAAAUGAGGCUACACACUACGUCAUCAAUUGCUCUUGAUUAACGUGUGUCGUCAUCGUCAGGUCAUAGGGUUUUACGUGCACAUUCAGAACAAAGUGUUAUAGCGCACGCCUGUCCUGGGCGCAAGUGACGGCCUCAGUCGGCUCUUCCGUCCAGAACAGGAAAAGGGUUGUGGUGGGUGGAAGAGAGGGCCGCCCGCGCUGGCACAGGUGAUGUUUGGUGGUGUUUUUUCAAAUGGUGCAUUGUGUUCCAUUACAUAUCCAUUAGGUAACGCCUUCUUCCAUACUGUGACUGAGGCAUUUAGUAACGUGUCUCCGUCAACUUUCAUAUCAUCUUUAGAAUUAUGUGACAUAUUGGUAAUAAUUCUAAAGAUGAUAUAGGUAAUAAAUGUAUAGUUAAAACAUUUCUGUGAACUCCAAUACCACAUUUUUGCAAUAUGAUUGGUAAUAUAUAUGUUUUAAAAACGUUUUGAAUGUUUUUGGGGAAAAGCUGUAUGAAUUUCAAUAGUUCAAGGAACAGAACACUAUAGUUUCAAACUCAUUAUUUUCAUUUAAAACAUUUAGUUCUAAGUUUUCGUGAUAAGUGAUGUUUCCAAACUAAACAGCAAUAAAGAACUUAAUACAUUUGAUCAUUAUUGAUACUGUCGAUAGAUAGUCUAAGAGAGGAAACCCGGCACAUUUUUUUUUCCAUUAGUAGCAAGGGAUCUUUUAUAUGCACCAUCCCACAGACAGGAUAGCACAUACCACGGCAUUCGAUAUACCAGUCGUGGUGCACUGGCUGGAACGAAAAAUAGCCCAAUGGCGGGGAUCGAUCCCAAAUCGUCCGCGCAUCAAGCGAACGCUUUAUUACUGGGCUACGUUUCGCCCCAUUAGGAAACGAACAUCUUUCCUCGGAAUUCACCUGGCAUAAAUAUCCGAUUUGGGACAUGAUAGCAGUUUUGUGAAUUCGAUUUAACAAAUAUCAAAUUUAAUUAACAUGUGCAUAAAACAUGUAUUGUUGAUCAAUGAGAAUAUGUGUAGAUGUUGAUGUGGCUAGAUGUGUUUUGCAAAAUUGUAAAACGAAAUGAAACCAACAACGAAACAAUGUUUGGAACACGUGAAUGAUAUCUUUCAAUAAUUUUGUUUGUUUGUUACAUUAAUUUUAAAUUAUGUUCACUAGAAUAUUAAAAUAUUAUAUACA